GAACAGGGCUUACAAGUGAGGAAACCAGCGCCCAACCAGCAAUAUAACUUUUUUGAAGGCUGCAAUCCUGGUUUGUUGUUAUUCGUAUUAUUUUUCUCAGAGUACUGUCUUGGGUCUUUUAUGAGUUAUUUAUUUAAGAAACAAGCUGCAUGCAACCUGCCUUUCCACCCACAGCGGGGUCCACAAGGCGGCGGGCAUAAACGAGGCAAGAAAUAAAACGUUGAUGAGGCGCAGCCGAAUCCUCCACACGGAAGAAGCUCGUGAACAACAAUGCAAGCGGCUGCGCGAGGCGGAACGAACCACCCCCUUGAGGCCGCUACGCCGGACAGGGCUGGGGCCCGCGAAGCACCGCCCUCCCCUCAGCGCGAGCCCCGCUAGGCCGGGCCUCCUUCCCCUCGUCGUCUUCCUCCUCCCUUUCCUCGCUUGGGCCUGCUUCAGCUUUCCGACAUCACCCCGUCCCCUGCCGCUAUCAUGGCUGCCACGGCUGCUUCUUCGUCGGCCUCCUCUUCCGGAGCCGCCGCUCCAGCGGGCUCGAACGUGGCGGGUUCCGGGGCCGCCACUGGCGCCGCCGCUGGCGGCAGCGCUUCGGGCUUGACGGCUUCGCUGACGGGCACCAUGAACAGGAAAAAGAAGCCCUUCUUGGGCAUGCCUGCCCCGCUGGGCUACGUGCCGGGCCUGGGCCGCGGUGCCACAGGUUUUACUACCCGCUCAGAUAUUGGUCCUGCUCGAGAUGCGAAUGACCCUGUUGAUGAUCGCCAUGCUCCGCCAGGGAAGAGGACCGUUGGGGACCAGAUGAAGAAAAACCAGGCAGCGGAUGAUGACGAUGAAGACCUGAACGACACCAAUUAUGAUGAGUUCAAUGGAUAUGCUGGAAGUCUGUUCUCCAGUGGGCCUUAUGAAAAAGAUGAUGAGGAAGCGGAUGCGAUUUACGCUGCUCUGGAUAAACGGAUGGAUGAAAGGAGAAAAGAGAGAAGAGAACAACGCGAGAAAGAGGAGAUUGAAAAGUAUCGUAUGGAGCGGCCAAAAAUUCAGCAACAGUUCUCAGAUCUAAAAAGAAAACUGGCUGAAGUCACUGAGGAAGAGUGGCUGAGCAUCCCUGAAGUUGGUGAUGCAAGGAAUAAACGCCAAAGGAAUCCACGUUAUGAGAAACUGACUCCUGUUCCUGACAGUUUCUUUGCAAAGCACUUGCAGUCAGGAGAGAACCACACGUCUGUGGAUCCCCGACAAACGCAAUUUGGUGGUCUGAAUACUCCCUAUCCUGGGGGUUUAAACACUCCUUAUCCAGGAGGAAUGACACCUGGGCUAAUGACUCCUGGGACAGGUGAGCUGGACAUGAGGAAGAUUGGGCAAGCUAGGAACACCUUGAUGGACAUGCGACUCAGCCAGGUGUCUGACUCUGUGAGUGGGCAAACGGUGGUGGAUCCCAAGGGCUACCUCACCGAUUUGAACUCUAUGAUUCCCACACAUGGUGGAGAUAUCAACGACAUCAAGAAAGCACGUUUACUUCUAAAGUCUGUGCGAGAGACUAACCCACACCACCCACCUGCCUGGAUUGCUUCUGCACGUUUAGAAGAAGUGACUGGCAAACUGCAGGUAGCGCGAAACCUCAUCAUGAAAGGGACAGAAAUGUGCCCCAAGAGUGAAGAUGUCUGGCUGGAAGCUGCCCGCUUGCAGCCUGGGGACACAGCUAAGGCUGUGGUGGCCCAGGCUGUCCGCCACCUUCCACAGUCAGUCCGGAUUUAUAUCAGAGCGGCCGAGUUGGAGACGGAUAUCCGAGCAAAGAAGCGUGUCCUUCGGAAAGCACUAGAGCAUGUUCCAAACUCUGUCCGCUUGUGGAAAGCAGCUGUGGAGUUGGAAGAGCCUGAGGAUGCCAGAAUAAUGCUCAGUCGAGCUGUGGAAUGCUGCCCUACCAGUGUUGAGCUGUGGCUUGCCCUAGCAAGGCUGGAAACCUACGAGAAUGCCCGUAAAGUCUUAAACAAGGCCCGCGAGAACAUUCCAACAGACAGGCACAUCUGGAUCACAGCUGCCAAGCUUGAGGAGGCCAAUGGGAACACUCAGAUGGUGGAGAAGAUCAUUGAUCGAGCCAUCACCUCAUUAAGGGCUAACGGAGUGGAAAUAAACCGGGAGCAAUGGAUCCAGGAUGCUGAGGAGUGUGAUAAAGCUGGCAGUGUGGCCACUUGCCAGGCGAUCAUGAGAGCUGUGAUUGGGAUCGGGAUUGAAGAGGAGGACCGGAAGCACACCUGGAUGGAAGAUGCAGAUAGCUGCGUCGCUCACAAUGCGCUUGAGUGUGCCCGGGCAAUCUAUGCUUACGCCUUACAAGUUUUCCCCAGCAAAAAAAGUGUCUGGUUGCGAGCAGCCUAUUUUGAAAAGAAUCAUGGAACCAGGGAAUCCUUGGAGGCUCUCCUGCAGAGGGCUGUGGCUCACUGCCCCAAAGCUGAAGUCCUCUGGCUCAUGGGAGCCAAAUCAAAAUGGCUUGCUGGAGACGUGCCUGCUGCCAGGAGCAUCCUAGCUUUGGCUUUCCAGGCCAACCCCAACAGUGAAGAGAUUUGGCUGGCUGCUGUGAAGUUGGAAUCUGAAAAUAACGAAUACGAAAGAGCGAGGAGGUUGUUGGCGAAGGCUCGCAGCAGCGCCCCAACAGCCAGAGUCUUCAUGAAGUCUGUCAAACUUGAGUGGGUGCUUGGGAACAUUGCUGCAGCUCAGGAGCUCUGCGAGGAAGCCCUGAGGCACUACGAGGACUUCCCCAAGCUGUGGAUGAUGAAAGGGCAGAUAGAAGAGCAGGAGGAACUGAUAGAAAGGGCCCGAGAUGCCUAUAACCAAGGGCUGAAGAAAUGCCCCGGUUCCAUACCCCUUUGGCUCCUGUUGUCCAGGCUGGAAGAGAAGUCUGGCCAGCUCACCCGCGCCAGAGCCAUCUUGGAGAAGUCUCGCUUAAAGAAUCCAAAGAACCAAGACCUGUGGUUGGAAUCCGUGCGAUUAGAAUAUAGGGCUGGGCUGAAGAACAUCGCCAACACGUUGAUGGCCAAAGCACUGCAAGAGUGUCCCAAUUCUGGAAACCUGUGGUCAGAAGCAAUCUUCCUAGAGGCCAGACCCCAGAGGAAGACCAAGAGUGUGGAUGGUUUGAAGAAAUGUGAGCAUGAUCCCCAUGUCCUCCUGGCUGUGGCCAAGCUGUUUUGGAGUGAGCGUAAAAUAACCAAGGCUCGCGAGUGGUUCCAUCGGACAGUGAAGAUAGAUUCCGAUCUGGGGGACGCCUGGGCUUUCUUCUACAAAUUUGAGCUUCAGCAUGGCACAGAGGAGCAGCAAGAAGAGGUGAGGAAGCGCUGCGAAAAUGCCGAGCCGCGCCACGGGGAGCUGUGGUGCGAAGUCUCCAAGGACAUCAGCAACUGGCAGAGGAAGAUAGGCGAGAUCCUGAUGCUGGUGGCAGCCAAGAUAAAGAACACCUUCUAGAGGAGAGACCAUGUUGAAGCAUGCCUAGGACAGCGUGAUAAGGUCCAGACCUCACUUGGCUUGCACGCAUUGGACGAUGUCUUCCCAGGGUAUAGCUCCUAUGUGGAGCCUGGAGAAGAGAGAAAAGGGGAUGAGCUUUUUCCUAGUCAGAUUUAGAAGGGGCGCUAAGCCUUCCCCCUUGUGCUUCUUAACAAGCAAACGACGUGUAUAGGGAGAGUGCUUUAUUUACCAGCUUAGCAGUCCUGAAGUAUGAACAGCAGGAACCUCAGUGUGUCUGUUUAUUUUUUCUCUGCCUGAACUCCAUCUGACGUGUUAUCUCUGAUUCCCUGGAAAUCUGUUGUGCUUUCCAGCUUACCAAUAUUCAGUCUGUCUACUCUGUGUCCUCAAGAAAAGUGACUCCUAGUUAUUUAGUAUCUGGCAACUUACAGAGCACAAACAAUUUAUUUCUGCAGUAAAAUAUAAACUGGUUCUAAGCCAGUUUAACUGUCCUGGAGUUCCACAGGAGGAUUCUCUUUGAAAGAAAAUGUUAGGGAUCUUUAAGGAGAGCAAUGGACUUUUCCCAGGACAAUAAAUUUCACAGUUCCUUGUGUGGGAGCCCAUGAAGUUGAAGCCAAUUUAGGUUUGCUGUAUAGAUGUGAUAGUGCAGAAGCCUGAAAGGCAGUGAUUGCUCCAAGAUCCAUAGAUGGUGGUUGAGAGGCAGCAGGCAGAAGUUGAAAAGAUCAGCUUCAGAGUGGGCCCUGAGCUCUCUGCUCAUUGAGUUAGAACAGAACCUCUGCAAAAUGCCUAUAGUGAAAUUAAGGAAGAGAGACUGUUUUCAACUCUUACAGUUUCCUCUCUUCAGAAUGUUUUUUUAAAAUAAGACGAGUGUGUCGUCUUAUUGGGAGAGAUUUCACAAAACACUGGAGGAGUAGAACAACUAUUGAAAGAGAUUAGUCUCUAACCACAGAAGUCGGUGGCAUAAGGUUGGAAUAGCAACAGGGCAAUCCAUUUCCACGCAAACGGAAGAAUUGGCUCUUGUGGGAAGGACACAGGUGGGUAGACAAGGCCUCUCUGGGUUGUUUGUGGGACACAGCAGGAACUGAAUGGGUGUCUCACAAAUGCCCCCAUGGGUACAAGAGAACCUCCCAUUCAUUCUACUGGAAUUGCACAAGCUUGUCCAGUGAUGUCUGGGAUGAAAGACUUCCUCAGUUUAGAUGGAUUUUUUUAAGAAACAAAUUUCCAGCUUGGCUCUUUACUUGAGCUCCUCCCAUCACAACACAACGCCUUCCCACCCCCAGAUGAAACAAUCCAACAUCCCCAACACCAUUUUAUUCAAAAUGUUUCCGUGUUAGGAUAUAUCUACAUUUCUGCAUGACAUCUUGUUUUUGUAAAAAAAGAACCUUGACCAAUGAUGAUUGUACAUAGUUUGAAGCUGUAAAAUACAAUCCUGUUUUGUUUUGUGA